AUGUGUUCAAUUGUAUCGUUGGAACUUGAUAAUGACUAUAUUUUACCAGUUGUAAUGAAUCCGAAUGGAUUGUUUUUCCCUCAAUCAAUACAAUUGUCUCAUAUCCAAAUAACAUUAAAUAAAUUCGGUGAUUGUGUCCAUUUACUAACUCAGUUGGGUUCGCAACUCUGUUCAUUUGCUGUUAGCAUUGUAGAUGUUUAUGUACAGAAUGCUGAUAUUAUCUCUCAAAUAUCAUCGAUUUCAUGCCCCAAUUUGAAACAAUUGACAGUAACAAUCUAUCAUAAUAUUGUUAACUAUAGUGAAUGUAUUGUUUCUCUUGUACAACGGCUCUCAAAUGUCGAACAUUUAACAUUAUUAGCUAUUGAUAUAACAACAACUAGACUCACUCAUUUUGUUACUGAAUUUGAUUUAGAGAACGACAUUGUUUCAUACAUGCCUCAUCUAUGUCGAUUUAAUUUCCACAUUCGUUCAAUAUUAGAAAACGCUUCUCCUGUAGAGAUUGGCACAAUUCGUCGAAGUGUUAUGAAAUGUGAACAAGAUGUUAUUUGUACAGUCGACUAUUUCAAUAAUAACUAUGGUCAAUGUCAAUUGUAUUCAAUUCCAUUUAUUGGCAAUCGUCUUGAUUUCAUUUCAAAUCGAUUUCCACUCUUCGAUAUGAAUAACAUGUUCUCAAUGGUUACCCUGUUAUUACUUUUUGAUGAUGUGAAACCGUUCGAAAAUAUUUUUUUUGCACGUAUCGCUCAUGCUCUACCCAAUCUAAAGACACUCGAAGUGUUCAAUAAACUUGAACAACAGGAGAAAGAAACGAUCACAACAAAUAAUCUUGAAUUUGGUCAUUUAUCUGCACUAAUUCUACUCGACAUUCAUAUGGAUUAUGCUGAACAGUUUCUUUGUCGAAGUCGUCUUCCUUGUCUAACCGAGCUGGCUAUUCGUAAGCAAGUACUGUUAACAAUUGUUGCUCACGACUCACAACAAGCAAGAGACAAUUGUUCUAAAGUAGAGAAUUUACUAAGUUCCAACAAAUGGUCUGAUUCAAUUGAUGCUAUUCGAAACUUUUCCCACUUGUUUCCCAUUGAAAACAGGGUAGAAAAAAAUUAA